AUGGUCCAGUCAUCUACACCAGCACGUACAAUGCAUCAUCACGAUACUACCUCGUCCAGCACCAACCACAGCAACUGCGGCGCUCACAGCUCUCAUCACACAUCCAAACAAGAAUCUCGUCGUCGUGAAACGACUGGCACCAGUGUCGAGAUGGACCGCUUCGGCAACAUUAGCACAACCAGCAAUAGCAGCAACGGCAGCUGCAGCAGCAGCAACAGCUUCAACUCCUUCGACUCUUUCAACUCCUACAAUGGCUUUGACAGCAGCGACAGCUACGAUAACCAGCAGGCCUGGGUAUCCGUUACCAUUAUCGAGGACGACGACCUGAUGUUCGGUGGCAAGCCGCUCUGCACCUGGUACGAGGAGGACCGCCGCUGCAGUAUGGGCGAGGAGAGCGCGCUGUCGCCGUGCAGCUCCAUCGACGAGGAAGAGGAGAUGCACCGGGGCCGGCCGCGGGACCGUCCUCAGUACAACCCAUCGGGGAAGCACCACAAGAGCCACGAAAGCAAGAAGCAGCAACAUUGA